CGAGUGUUUUGAGGAAGUAAGCGAAAAAAAAUUUAGAUUAUUUUAUUAUAAAAGUCGAAAAAUCCCGGAAAAUUCAGUGUAUUAUUUUUAGCGAGGUGAUUUUAAGCAGUCGUUAGUUUUUAUCGAUUUUCUCAGAAUCUAAAGAGGACACGUUGCUGAUAAUAAAUUUGAAAAUGGAGACGGAUAAAAGCGGAUCAGGUGAUAAGAAGAGCGAUAGCCUGACGAUGAUUAACUCUGUAAUGACUAUAAUUACGCACGCACUGCUAUUAAUUCCUACGGCUUAUAUUGUCAUAAUUUACUUUGUUCAUUAUAACUUUUUUUCAUGGCAUCCAAUUUGUAUGGCUCUAGGAGUGGGUUUACUUUUAAUGGAAGGAAUCUUCGCAAUAUCCGGCGAGUCAAACUUAACCUCGCGCAUAAAGCGCACCCAAAGAGUGACAAUCCACUGGAUACUAGUGACCUCAGGACUGAUAUUGAUGUUCAUCGGCUUGAUAAUCGCAAUUAUAAACAAAAACCGACUAAAUAAGCGUCACUUUGUGUCGACCCACGCGCAGUUGGGCCUCGGCGCUAUUGUAAUCUCCUGCGUGGUCACCCUGGUCGGCACAGUCGCUUUAAACUCGCGCUGGCUGUACCCCCAUGUAAGGCCAGUGGUCAUUAAAGUCGCCCACGCAUUCGGCGGGAUCGCUAUGAGCGUCAUCUUCGUUGCCACCAACAUCAACGGGACCUACAAGCACUCUUUUCCCGGCGGCUAUGUUGGGAGGGACUUUGUCUUCGCUUGCUACUUCUUUGGGACGCUGCUGCUUCUUUUCAAGCCGAUUAUUGGAGCUAUUUCGAGGUCGAGAGUCAUUUUUAAACCUUCGCAACCUUCUUCGUGAUUUUUUUUAUGAUUAAGGAAUUUUUUUUGUAUGAUUAAUUGUUGAGAAAUAAAUUAUUUUUUUACUAACCAUAUUACCCCGGGUUGGUUUUUUUGGAGAAACGGAUGUCGGGAGGGUAUUCUGGAGGUCGAGACGAGAAAAAUGAGUAUAAACACGGGUGGUAUUGGAGAAGGUCAUGUGUAACGUAUGUUACAUAUGUGUAACAGAUGUAACAUAUGUAACAUUUGUAACAUUAAAAAAUAUUAUGUGUAACAUAAAGUGACAAAAGAAAAAAAUCAGAUGUGACGCAUGUAACAUAAAAAAAUCAUAUGUAACAUGUGUAACAUAAAAAAUCAAUUGUAACAUAUGUAACAUAAGAAAAACAAUCAAAUGUAACAUGUGAUUGUGUAACUUAAAAAUCAUAUGUGACAUGAAAAAAAUUUUGUGUAACAUAUAGUAUCAGAAAAAAACAGAUGUUACACAUGUAACAUAAAAAAUUAUGUGACAUAAAAAAAAUUUUGUGUGACAUAUAGUAACAAAAAAAAAAUCAGAUGUUACACAUGUAACAUGUGUAACAUAAAAAAAAUCAUAUGUAACAUAUGAAGAAAAUCAUAAGUGACAUAUGUAACAUGUGUGAUCUAAAAAAAUUAUAUGUAACAUGAAUAACAUAUGAAGAAAAUUAUACGUAACAUUAAAAUUAAAUAAUGUGUAACAUAUAAGGAAAAUCAUAUGUAACAUGUGUAACAUAAAAAAAUUAUAUGUAACACAUGUAACAUUAAGUAAAAAUUAAGUGUAACAUCAGAAAAAAAUCAGAUGUAACGAAUGUAACGUAAGAGAAAAAAUCAUUUGUAACAUGUGUAACAUAUGAGUAAAAUCAUAAGUAACAUAUGUAACAUUACGGAAAAAUCAAGUGUAACAUAAGGAAAAAAUCAAGGUCAACAUAUGUAACAUGACAAAAGUCAUGUGUAAUAUAUGUAACACAUGUGGAAAAUCAUCUGUAGCAUAUGUAACACUAAAAAAAGUAUUAUGUGUAACUUGUAACAGUGUAACAU